GCUACCGUACACCUCCUACGUGGGCGGCUCAAGCAGAACAGAAAUGGCGGCAGGUUCGAUUUCUGGGACUGAAUUCGCUAAUCAAGCAAAUAUAUUUUUUACACUGUCGGUCAAAUAUAACGAUACUUGGGAUUUGAAGUCAUCGCCUCAUAACAGAAAUGAAGUUUAUCUUACUAAGCGAUGCAACAUUGAAGUCGCAGAAAAUAAGCAGGUAUCUACCAAUCAGAAGCAGUCUAGUAGUCAGACAGCCAAUCAGAGUAUUGCAGAAGAGGAGGAUGUUGAUGUAGAGGAGAGUGAUGCAGCAUGUCUGACAACAACACCUCCACCAUCAUCUUCAGUGUGCCAGUUUGAGUACCACAUCGUCUACAGUGCCAGCUAUGGGGUGCCAGUUCUGUACUUCAAUGCAUACACACAAGAUGGGAGACUUCUGUCACUCGACAGUGUGUGGAACAGUGUACCCCAACAUUACCAAGACAGAUUUCAACAUGAACGAUGGACCACUCUCACACAGCAGGAACACCCAAUCCUAGGCCGGCCAUUCUUUCAACUCCACCCUUGUCAUACUGCAGACCUCAUGAGUAAACUGAUUCCAGAGAGCUGUUCAGGAAAUUACCUCCUUAGCUGGUUAAGUGCUGUUGGGCCUGUAGUAGGACUGAAGGUUCCCUUGUCUUACGUCACAAGUUGAGAACUACAAAGUAAAACUUCAGAACACUUCAAGGAAGGCAGCUUGCUUUUCCUACAUCACAAAUUGAACACCACCCGGAAUAGAUCUAACUUGUCUUACAUCACCAUGAGGGAAGCCAGCUGGCGUGUCCAGCAUCAUAUGCCAAACACUGUAAGAGAAGGCUGAUAUCUUUACCUGCAUCACAAGCUGAACACCAUGAGAGAAGAAGGCAGGCUUGUCCUACGUCAAAUGCCAAACACCGUAAGAGAAGGCUGAUAUCUUUACCUGCAUCACAAGCUGAACACCAUGAGUGAAGAAGACGGAUGUGUCCUUCGUCAUAUGCCAAACUCCAUAAGAGAAGGCUGAUAUCUUUACCUGCAUCACAAGCUGAACACCAUGAGAGAAGAAGACGGAUGUGUCCUUCGUCAUAUGCCAAACUCUAUAAGAGAAGGCUGAUAUCUUUACCUGCAUCACAAGUUGAACACCAUGAGAGAAGAAGACGAAUGUGUCCUUCGUCUUACGUCAUAUGCCAAACACCAUAAAGAAGGCUGAUAUCUUUACCUGCAUCUCAAGUUGAACACC